AUGGCGACCACAAGCGUAUGGAACAGCAUUAAUUCCCUGCCGCCAGACGCCAUCUUCGCCCUCGCCGCAGAGGCAAAGAAGGCGCCACAGCCAAAGGCCGACCUCAUAAUUGGCGCAUACCGCGAUGCGGACGGCCGCCCGUACCCGCUCAAGGUUGUGCGGAAAGCCGAACGCCGCCUCCUCGAAAUGAACCUCGACAAGGAGUACCUGCCAAUGGCAGGGUAUGGUCCGCUCAUUGAGGAGUCCAUGAAACUCAUCUACGGCGACAGCGUGCCGCGUGAAAACCUGGUGGGGGCGCAGGGACUGAGCGGCACUGGCUCGCUCUGCCUGGGCGCAUUUUUCAUCUCCCGCGUUCUCUCGACGAAGACUCCUGUGUACAUUUCUAAUCCUACCUGGCCCAAUCACUACGCUGUGAUGUCCACUGCUGGUCUGACCGACUUGCGCCAGUACCGCUAUUACAACGACACCCGCCGCUGCCUUGACUUUGAGGGUCUCAUGGAAGAUCUCGGCGCGGCACCGGCUGGCAGCGUAGUCAUCCUGCACGCCUGCGCACACAACCCAACAGGUAUGGACCCGACCCAUGAACAAUGGGGCGAGAUUGCCAAGCUGUUUAAGACGCGUCGCCUCAUCCCCUUCUUUGACUCCGCGUACCAGGGCUAUGCCACCGGCAGCCUUGAUAACGACGCCUACGCGGUUCGCCUCUUCGCACGGCAGGGAAUGGAGAUGUUGGUGGCGCAGUCCUACUCAAAGAACAUGGGACUGUACUCGGAGCGUGUGGGCGUGUGCUCCGUCGUCACUGCCAAUCCCUCCAAGGCGACCAUGAUAAGGAUGCAGCUUGAGCACAUCGCACGUGGCCUGUACUCCAGCCCGCCGUCACACGGCGCUCGCGUGGCGCACCUCGUCUUGAGCGAUCCUGAACUCCGCUCAGAGUGGGAGGCGGAGCUGUGCGGGAUGGCGCAGCGCGUGCAGGAAAUGCGUCAGGACGUCUACAACGGCCUGAAGCAGCGCGGCACCCCGGGCAACUGGGAGCAUGUUGUUCAGCAGGUCGGCAUGUUUUCGUACCUUGGCCUCACCAAAGCCCAGUGCGCGAAACUCGUUCAGAAGCGCGUGUUUGUGCUGGCGUCCAGCCGUGCCAACAUGGCUAGUCUGACAAAGCAGACGACGGGCCUGCUUGUCGGUGCCAUUGAUGACGUGGUGCGCGACGUCACGUUAGCCUCGUCUGGGGUGUCGACGGCUGCAAAGGCGAAGAUAUGA